UUCCCCGCCAAUUCCUGUCCCUUUCCCGCCAUCGCCCCUUUCACUCUUUCCCGCCAAAACAUAUCUCUCUGUACAAAAAUCUCCAAAAAAGCCUCUCCAUUCCAAAAACCCUAAACCAGAAGCAGCCAUGGCAGCCAACUCAAGCUCUAAGAAACGAAAACAGCCUUCCUCUACAGGCAUCUUCACUCGCAGUAAAUCUCAAGUCCACAUCGGCGGCAAUCGAUCUGGCCGUAAAAGGCUCCUCACUACACCAACAACGACAUUUCAAUGGUCAGAAUUGCCUCAAGGAAAGCCCAGAGGGAGAUAUGGGCCUCGAAGCCGUCUCGAUGAAGGCCAGAUUUCCCACAUUGCUAUCAAGGAUCUCCGGGCGCAUCGCGUGUUCUCUUGUUGUAAUCUGGCCACUGAUAAGCCUCAAAUCCUGAAGGAUGGAUGUGGUUAUCCUGAUGGAACGGCCUCGCUCGAGGGGAAAAUUGGAGUAGAAUCUCUCAGUCCAGAUCGGAAUUUGGAUGACUCGACAGAGAGCAGCAGAGAUGAUCCGAAGGCGGCUGCCAUGAAGGAGAAUGCCGGGUUUUGUGACGAGAAAAAUGUUCAGAUGACGCCGCCGGAUGCUGAUAUUUUCAGCAAGCCAGAGGUGGAUGAAGGUGAGGGUAAUGGAGCUCAAUGUGUGUCCCAGAGUACUGAAAAUAUUUUGCUGAAGCAGCCGUGUGGGAACAUUCGCAAAAAUGACUCCAUGUCGAGAAGUAGAUCGGUUCUCAAUCCAUAUUCUCGGCUCAAGUUAUUCAAAACUCCAGGCUCAUUCAGCUAUAGAAGAUUGCUUCCUUAUCUGAUGGAUAUUGCAAAAGAAAAUUCCUGUGCUUCCAAAAAUGUUCAAUGCCCAAAACCCGAGAUGGGCUUAGAAGAAAAGCCACACCCAUCUUUGCUGGCUUCUCACAAUGAAGAAAUGUGUGAAAACAAAUUGAAUGUGAACGGUUUUCAGAUAGAAGGUAAUAAUGUUGAUUCUGGUGCCCUGCACACAGCCACAUUGACUCCCUCUGAAGGAUCUAUUAAUGAUAAAAAGCUGGAUUUGAUAUCUGAUGAACACCUUGGUGAACCCCAGAUUGCAUUUGAUUCACAGAAGGAACGGGAGUCGCAAAUUGAACGGGUUAAAUCAGAUGAAUCUAGUAAGUUGGAGCCUCUCAAUGAUAAUUUGACUGUGAUUCAGGGAACGGAUCAACCAGAUACACUACCAUGUAUUGUCACUUGUGAAGCUUUGUCAAGAGAAGAAACAGUUGUAGAAGUUUGUCAUCAACCAUCUGUAGAUACAGAAGAGAACUGUGUGACUCCAGAAAUGGAGUUAAUUACAAAUGUGAAGUCAUCAGAUACAAUUAAUUUUGAGCAAAACUCGUUACAAGUUGAAGCAUUUGCUCCUUCAGGAUUUCCUGAUGCUAGACUCCAGAAGGGGAUUCUUAAAAGAAAUCCACGAGGCUGCAGGGGACUUUGCAGUUGUCUAAACUGUGCUUCGUUUCGCCUCCAUGCUGAAAGAGCAUUUGAGUUCUCUAGAAAUCAAAUGCAAGAUGCUGAGGAAGUAGCAGGGGAAUUGAUGAAGGAACUAUCUUACUUAAGGAAGAUGUUGGAGGAAUCUGCUGUUGGAGCCAGUAAUGAUGCUUUUGUCCAUGUCAAUCAGGUAAAAGAUGCUUGUGAGAAAGCUUCCAAUGCAGCAGAACUAGCAAAAGAACGACUAAAACAAAUGAAUUAUGACCUCAACAUUCACUGCAGAAUUACAUGUUUGCAGCGGCCAAGGGUAUCGUUCUCCAAUUAUGUUAAUGAAAAAGUCGUUACAAAGACAAGCUUGUCAAGCAAAUAAUUUUGAAGGAGAAAGAAGAUAGAGGACAAAGAGUUUUGAUAUAUUCUUCAGAUGGUGAUAUUAAUUUAAGGCAUGUGUUGUGCAAGGCAUGCUUGGUUGUUGUAGCAGGUCUUUCUUGUUCCAGGAUAAUUUGCCUUGCAGAGGCUACAGUAUUGGGGAUUUGCUCGCGUGUUUUUGCCAAGUGUAACAGUAAGUGACAUUUAAUGUUGCUGAGAAGUUGAUAGAUAUAAUUUACCUGUGGAAGAGGGCAAACAAUAGUUGUAUAAAAGAAAAAUCAUGAAUCCAGAAAGCUAUGCUUGCCACCACACACAACACUGUCUGCAUUUAAUAUGUAGCCAUUUGUUAUGGAUUUCAGCUUCUUUAGCUUCA